AGGUAUAUUUUUCCCGAAUUUUUACCUAACCAUGAUAGACGAAGGCGAGACAAGCUGGCUGAGAUGCUGGAGAGACAAGACAUGUUUAAAAGACGAUUUGUUAUAAAUAUUCCUGAGUUUUAUGUUGGAAGCGUAAUGAGCGUUACCGUAAUUGAUCCGCAUGCUUCCAACAAGGAGAGCAAGUUUGUUGGCAUAUGCAUUGAGAGAGCAGCCAUAGGACUUAGAGCUAAUUUUACUUUGAGAAAUAUUGUUGAUGGACAAGGUUGCGUCGAAAUUACGUAUGAUCUCUAUUGUCCUUUGAUAUUGAAGAUUGAAGUAUUAAGACUAGAGAAACGUCUAGACAAUGAAUUGUUUUAUCUGAGAGAUGCUCCUCAAGAAUACAGCACAUUUUCUUUUGAUAUGUUGCCUAUCCAACAUCCCCCCAACGAACCUGUACCUACCAACUCAUUAAAAGUAAAAUUAAAUCCUAAACCCUGGCACGAAAGGUGGGAGAGACAAAAUUUGAAAGGCUUACAGGACUUGGAUCUACCACAAAAAGUUCUUGACAAGGCUAAACUUCCUGCAAUUGCUAAGCCAUGGGAUACUUAUGACUUAAUGAAAAAAUAUAGGUCGGUAGUUGGUUCGGGUUUUUUUCAAUUUUUAUUUUAA